GCGACAUCGCACGGGGAUAUGCUCACGCGCACCUAUCAUUUUUUUACGAAUAUAUCGCACAAAUCGAUAUUAUCUACAUUUACCUUGUGAAAUAGGUUAUUUUUCUUUAUAGUGAUUGUAAUUAAUUAAUCUUUGUAGUGAUUCUGUGCAUGUGAUUAACUAUGGCACGUGAAAACGACAUUUUGAAGUCUUGGAUCCGCAGUCACCAGCGGACGCCGUCAGGCUCGCGCGACUUCAAGGAGGCGACCAAGCGGGAUGCCCUCGCCAGGGUGGAGGUGGAACUGGAGAGGCUGGUCAGCACUCUCCCUGACAACAGGAAGACCCUGGUGGAGAAGGAGUUCCGAGGGUUCAAGAACUUGUUCAGCAGGUUCUUGGCUGAACAGGGCCCAUCAGUAACAUGGGAAAAAAUCGAAAAACUCCCAGAAGGGGCGGUCAUAGACUACACCACCCUCCCGACGCCGACCACAGACCACAUCCACCAUAUGCUGGACAAACUGGUGGUGGUGAAGCUGAAUGGUGGCCUGGGGACCUCCAUGGGAUGUAAGGGACCCAAGUCGGUCAUACAAGUGAGGAAUGAGCUCACGUUCUUGGACUUGACUGUGCAGCAGAUUGAGCAUCUAAACAAGACCUACAAAUGCAACGUGCCGCUAGUGCUAAUGAACUCUUUCAACACGGACGACGACACACAGAAAGUGAUCCGCAAGUACAAGGGCCUGAAGCUGGACAUCCACACCUUCAACCAGUCCUGCCACCCUCGCAUCAACCGCGAGUCCUUGUUGCCAGUCGCGAAAACUGGAGACGUGCACGCUGAUAUUGACGCCUGGUACCCGCCCGGGCACGGCGAUUUCUACGAGUCGUUCUACAACUCCGGCCUCCUCCAAAAGUUCAUCAAGGAAGGCCGCACCUACUGCUUCAUCAGCAACAUUGAUAACCUUGGAGCUACUGUUGACCUUAACAUCCUUAACCUACUCCUCAACCCAGAUCCUCAGAAGACCAUCUCAGAAUUCGUCAUGGAAGUCACUGACAAGACCAGGGCUGAUGUCAAAGGAGGAACCCUUAUUCAGUAUGAAGAUAAGCUGCGUCUUCUUGAAAUAGCUCAAGUCCCAAAAGAACACGUAGACGACUUCAAAUCGGUCAGCCAGUUCAAAUUCUUCAACACCAACAAUCUCUGGGCGAAGUUGGAUGCCAUCCAACGAGUAGUAGACCAGGGUUCCUUGAAUAUGGAGAUUAUUGUCAACAACAAGCAUUUGGGUGAUGGGAUCAACGUGAUCCAAUUAGAAACAGCUGUAGGUGCCGCUAUGAAGUGCUUCGAGGGAGGCAUUGGAGUCAAUGUGCCUAGGAGCAGAUUCUUACCAGUGAAAAAGACAUCAGAUCUCCUGCUGGUGAUGUCAAACUUAUACAGUUUGUCGCACGGAUCCUUGGUAAUGUCUCCACAAAGGAUGUUCCCUUCGACGCCGCUGGUGAAACUCGGCGACAACCAUUUCGCGAAAGUGAAAGAGUUCUUGAACAGAUUCGCGACUAUUCCGGAUUUGAUUGAGCUGGAUCAUUUGACCGUUUCGGGAGAUGUGACGUUCGGAAGAGGAGUUUCUUUGAAGGGCACCGUAAUAAUCAUAGCCAACCACGGAGAUCGAAUUGAUAUCCCUUCUGGCGCAGUUCUCGAGAACAAAAUAGUGUCCGGUAACCUACGCAUCCUGGACCACUGAUCCUACGAGGCAUACUUACACUUACUAUCACACGGUGAGCGUAGAUACUGUAGGUUUACUGCGAAAAUGUGUUGUGAGAAAAUCUUUUUGCACAU